AUGGAGGAUGAACGUUAUGACCUGUCCAAAGUAAUCCCGGCUUACUAUUGCUGCUAUUUACUUCGAUCGUUGGGUACGGGCUAUAAAGGCUCAGCGUUAUACAUUGGCUCCACACCAGACCCUGCCCGUCGCCUCGCUCAGCAUAACGGGCUCUCCAAAGGCGGAGCCCGCAAAACGGCGAAUGAAAAGAGACGACCAUGGGAGAUGGUUAUGGUAGUAGAAGGGUUUACCAGUAAUAUUGCGGCUUUGCAAUUUGAGUGGGCAUGGCAACACCCGGGGGCUACUAGACAUCUUACUUCAAAAGACGAGGACGAGAAUGGAGAGUUAAAUGCUAAACAUGACACUAAAAAUAACGCCGUGGUGGGAGGACCUCAGCAGAAGCCCGGGGCUCAGAAUAAAUCUAAAGCCCAGAGGGGACCUAAAGCUUCCGAAAAGGGCACAGAAGAUGAUAAGAAAAAGAAAACCAAGAGAAAACCACCACCUCGUCGUACGCGGCACUCCUUAAAGGCUCAUCUGGAAGACCUACACCUCCUAUUGCGGUCUACGUACUUCAAAGAUUGGCCUCUUACUCUACGAUUUUUUGCCGCCGAUGUUUCUCAGGCUUGGAGAGGAUGGUGUGAUCGUGUAGACGGAAUUAUACCUGAUCAUAUCAAGAUUAUUGCAGACGGAAAUUGCACAGACAUCUUCGCUCGGCAUGAGGAACGCAGCUCGGCAGUUGGAAGCGUCCAAGAUAUCAAGGUCGACUACACACCAAUAAGGGACUAUGUGGAAAAAGGGAUGUUUCUACUAGACGACAUCAAGAGCUCAGCUUGCAAAGUAUGCGAAGCACAAUAUAAGGAGAACGACCUAGCUGUUGUUUGCCCAAUAGCCAGCUGCAAUAGCACCGCCCACUUGCUGUGUCUGUCAGAAAAAUUCCUGGGUACGGCGAAAGAUAUGGAUCGGUUUGUUCCGCUUGCUGGGAAGUGCCCCAUGUGUGCUCAGACCGUUCAAUGGCCAUCCAUGAUACAAGAAUUGAGUAUUAGAACCCGGGGAAGAGAUAUGACGCGUGCGAUGGUGAAUAGAUGCGAGAGGAAGAGUAGGAAAGCCUUGAAGGAUACGGAAGGCAAGACAGCAACGGUGGAAAACCCGAUAGUUACCGCAACUAUGGAACGUGACUCCUCGGAUGAGGAUUUCCAUGAUACAGAUUCUCUGGAUGACUAUUGGGACAAAGUUUUAGAUUCUGACUUGGAAUCUGGCGCAAACUGCCCCCCACAACAAGAUUCAAAGGACUCGAAGGUUGAAGUGGUCAUUGAAGACAGUGAGCUUGACGAUGAUGAGUCACUGGGUUGA